AGUAGUGGACACUCACCAAGCCAAUUAAUUAACACCUAGCAGACACGAUUAUUAUGUCCUGUAAAUCACCGAUUACAUUUGGUCAAACAGAUGCAAUUAAUUAUAGCUUUUUCAAUCAUAAUUAGCGAGAAUUUAAGCAAAUUCUAAAAGCCCAAAAAAUGAAAAAUAAUAAUACAAAAAAGGCGAGAAAUCAAAUUGGAAAUGAAAAAGCGGAAAAAAGAAGAGGGAAAAAUAUAUAAAUAAAAAAAUAAAGAAGAGGGAAAAAAUAAAAAAGAGAAGAAAAAGGGUGGGAGAAUGAGAGGAGAGAGAGAGAGACGCGAUGAAUUGAUGCCAUUAUACGCUGAACUUUUCAUCCUCCACCACCAACGCCUAUGGAUCUAUCGUCUCCUCCCUCCCUUUCUCUCUCCGCUGUCUGAUCGCCCCACCAUCAAUUUCCUCCCCCGCCGCUUCUGCCACCGCAUAUCUUCUUCCCGGAGGUAGUUUCCCGCCUUCAUCGGUAUGCCCUCGCAUCUUCCUCCGAUUCACCCUUCUCUCUCUCCGUUUCUCUUCCUUUGACUUUUGUCCUCCUACCGUUCCUCCUUCUCCCUCUCUCUCUCCGCUCGGUUUUUUGGGGGGUUUAGAUCGGCCUGGAGAUGGAUAGAUCUUGUUCCUGUUUGAUUCUCUCGUUCCUUUCCUUCCUGGACGCAGCUUGCUGCUUCACGAACUACCCUUCCGCUGUUCAAUUCGUUUUUAUGAACCUCCGUUUCUUCAGUUGAUGUGUUUUCUUUUUGGCUGUGGUGGUCUGAGGAUCUGUAGCGUAUUUUUUUUCUUUCUUUCUUUGGCGUCUGUAUUGGCUCCGUCCGCGAUUUGAUUGAGUUGGGUCUAAGGUGGAAUGGGGAUUUUUGGAACAAAUAAGAGUUGGUAAACCAAUAGUUUAACUUUUGGCGGAGAUGGAAUUUCAUACUUACCCUAUGAUGGGUUCAGGGGGGAUUUGUAUGGCAAUUAAUGCCCUUGCUAAUUUGUGUUUUUCCCCCUGUUCUCAAGAUUGAUGCUUUGUUUAUUUUCGCUAUAGAUUUGAGAGGUGUGUGGCUUAGGGUCUUCAGUUGCAUUACGGUACGCGGGUUGUCCAUCUCUUUCUGCUAAUGCUUUCGAUGGUAUGGCAGGUGAUGCAAUGUCCUGUUGAAAGGGAACUGUAAGCGCACAACAAAGGACAGGGGGUGCCCGAACCAAUGGCUUCUGUGGGUAUGGUACCCACUUCUGGUUUGAGAGAAGCUACUACUCAUAAUGCAGCAGGCGUUGACAGGUUACCUGAAGAGAUGAAUGACAUGAAAAUUAGAGAUGAUAAAGAAAUGGAAGCAACGGUGGUUGAUGGAAAUGGAACGGAAACUGGUCACAUUAUUGUAACGACAAUUGGUGGUAGAAAUGGCCAGCCAAAGCAGACUAUCAGCUACAUGGCAGAGCGUGUUGUAGGCCAUGGAUCAUUUGGUGUGGUUUUCCAGGCUAAAUGUUUGGAGAAUGGAGAAACUGUUGCAAUAAAGAAAGUCCUUCAAGACAAGAGGUACAAGAACCGUGAGUUGCAAACCAUGCGCCUGCUUGACCAUCCCAAUGUGGUCGCUUUGAAGCAUUGCUUCUUCUCAACAACUGAAAAGGAUGAACUUUACCUCAAUCUUGUUCUUGAGUAUGUCCCUGAAACCGUGCACCGUGUGAUCAAACACUACAACAAGCUGAAUCAAAGGAUGCCAUUGAUCUAUGUGAAGCUUUAUGCAUACCAGAUAUUCAGGGCAUUGUCAUACAUCCAUCGCACGAUUGGAGUAUGCCAUCGGGACAUUAAACCUCAAAAUCUUUUGGUAAAUCCACAUACACAUCAGGUUAAGUUAUGUGAUUUUGGCAGUGCGAAGGUCUUGGUGAAAGGGGAACCUAACAUAGCUUAUAUUUGCUCGAGAUAUUAUAGAGCUCCUGAGCUUAUAUUUGGAGCGACUGAAUACACUACAGCUAUUGACAUUUGGUCCGCAGGUUGUGUUGUUGCCGAGUUGCUACUUGGACAGCCUCUAUUUCCUGGUGAAAGUGGAGUUGACCAGCUUGUGGAGAUUAUCAAGGUGUUGGGUACUCCAACAAGGGAAGAGAUCAAGUGUAUGAACCCAAACUAUACGGAGUACAAAUUCCCUCAGAUCAAGGCUCACCCCUGGCACAAGGUAUUCCACAAGCGCAUGCCUCCAGAGGCAGUUGAUCUUGUCUCAAGACUCCUGCAAUACUCUCCCAACUUACGGUGCACAGCUCUGGAUGCUAUGACACACCCUUUCUUUGAUGAGUUACGAGACCCAAACACACGUUUGCCAAAUGGACGGUUCCUUCCACCGAUAUUUAACUUUAAAGCUCACGAGAUGAAAGGGGUGCCUGGGGAGACCUUAGUUAAGUUGAUACCAGAGCACGCGAGGAAGCAGUGUCCGUUUGUUGGAUUAUGAUCUCACACUGUAACAAAAGCUCAGCAGGUGUUCCCGGGAUUGUUGUGAUGUGCCAGUGCUGCUACCUACAUUGUCUCAAGUUGGAAUCAUCAUCAGCUUAUUAUAUAAUGAUGUUAAAAUUUGGUUCUCUUUGUGGUUCGUGUGAUAUAAUUUUUGUUGUUGUUUAGAGAAGGAAGAGAACAGCAUAUUUAGUGAAAUGCCUGCUUUUAAUGUUUGUGCAAACCCCGACGAUCCCCUUCUUAUUCUUCUACCACUUGAUGUAUGCCUGACUCUGUUUGUUCUCCCUAUAAGUGAUUUGUAACAAAGCUUACUGUUGUAGUGAAAAGACCCGAAUGACAAAUUUCAGUUGUUAUCUUUCUUCUUCAGUCUAAUGUAACUUUGUUUCAGGGGUAAAAAGUUUAAAACACGUAAGAGCGGAACUAUGAACACUUUGUGUGGUUUGAUCAUACUGGUGGUCACAUCGUUACAGGUUAAUGGAUUUCGAUCAAUAAACAUGGUUUUGUUUAAGAUUUUAUGUCCGAGUGGCUAAUGCACAUAUCUGUUACAUUCCUCUGCCUCUCUGCUUCCUUUACCUCACACUCACACCUAGAGCUAGAGGGUACAAACAAUUGGCGCCCACCGUGAGGCAUGAUUUCAACAUCUGUUCGUUCGAUUUCGAAGGAAAAUUGAUUGACCACUCUCAAGACCCAACACUAUUCGACAGUAGCUGCAGCAUAAAAAUAAAAAUGGGGACGAAGCUGGGAAGAAGAAAAAAAAAGUUCCAGAUCUGAUUUUUUUUUUGGAAGAACUCAAAACCUUCUCCACCAACUAAGUGCCACAGCAGCUGCCAAAUUCUUUGAAGGCCAGCCGAGUAAAAGAAAAGAGAGAUGAGGUCGAUGAUUUCCCCCAAAAUCUCCAACCCCACAUCCAAAAUAGGCGGCAUACAAACAGAGAGGAAGGAGAAAAACCAGAUCUAAGUCUCCAAAUGCACCACAAGUUCUGUUUUUGGGGGGAAGCUGACUGUGGGAAUCUGUAAUUGAUGAGGUUGGACCCAAAUGGAGGAGAAAAGGAGGUUUUGUGUCCCUAGGCAGCCCAGGUCCAUCGAAAGAAAAAAAAAAAAAAAAAGAGAGAGUGAGAAGAACAGCAGACUCAGAUUCCGGCGAGCCCACCCAUCUCCGGCGAAGAAGUUCUCACAAAUGUCGUACAGUCCACCGUUAUCGUUUUGAUCGAUCCCCAAAGGGGAAGUUUCUGAAUCCGGAAGUGAAAAAAAAAAAAAACAAAUCCGAAGAACAAAAAAGAAAAAAAAUCCAGUUCC